AUGUCGGAAAAGCAGAAGGGAAUCUCCCUCCGCAAUAAGCGCGUCAAGCCGCCCAAGAAAGGCGGCCCGCCGACCAUCAGCGCGCCGCGACAGAUUAGUGCGCCCAUGCCUACUGGAACUGGACCUGCCACACUUGCAAACUCAACACGCCCUUCCAAUGACUCCAGUCGGUCGCGGCAGAAUAGAGGGGAUGUGUCGCGAGAGAGGCAACCCAGGGCAGACAAGACGGCGGAUCUGGUCAAGAGACGGUACUCGCAGAAGAUUACAGCGCUGCCUAGCGACUUUCUCAAUGCAGCGACUAUGCCCGAUAUGCCGCAAAUACCGAGCCAGUAUAGGGAAAAAAGCCAGACAAGGGAGGGGCGACCACCCGGGAGCUCUGAUGGGCGCGUGUUGAAGGUGGACAUGAAGGCGUUGCGGGAUCCUAAUCUGCGGGCGGAGCAAUACGUUUCUUCUAUCCUCGCAGAUGCGUCUGAAGACGACAUCCGUCGCUACCAGGACGAGCUUCGCAAGACGAAGCACCGCACCUCAGUUGACCUUCAGACCAAUGUCUACCAGAAUAGAACCCAGUUCAUCAAGAUCAGUAAAGAGGCAGAGAAGCUCAAGGGCGAAAUGCGGACCCUCCGCCAGCUCAUGUCUGAUUUGACCAGCACCCUCGAGCAGACUGCGUCGGCCUCGAGCACAAACGAUGCUGUCAAUAACCGAAGAGCGAAUAGAAGCUCGAUUGGAGACCUCAACCAAAUUCGAGCUGGGCAAUUGCAGCAACUCUACAGAGAUGUCGAAGGCUCACAGAAGUAUCUUCCUCCAAUUCCCGGGCGAUUCAUUGUGUGGAAGUCGAAGAGAUGGUUCGAGUUAGACUCUGCUACUCUCAAAGCGAGACGGAGGGUAAGGUUGCUUCUACUGAACGAUCAUCUACUAGUAGCUGCAGAGAAGAAGGCACGUAAUGACAUCGCCGGCCCGCGGGACGGGAAUCGGCCUGCUGUAGAAUAUGUGGCGCAGCGAUGUAUCCCUCUACAAGAUGUACAGGUGACAAGAACUGCAGAGGAGAGGAUUAUCAUUCGCGCAGGGUCUGAGACGUUCACUUACGACACGAAAAGUGAAGAUAAGGUGGACAAGACCGCAUUCGUAUCCACUUUUCGCAAAACGAAGGACGACCUACGGAAAAACCAAGAAGCCGAAGUGCAAGAGAAGGAUCGAACUCAAGACUCCUACAGUCAUUUGCUCUCACGAGAGCCUGGCCUCUUGAAGAAAACCGACCUUUUAGAGAACCUCUCAGAUGGCGUGAAUAACGACCAGGUGAGCACAUUUGUUGACAUCGACGGACAGCAACGGAGCAUUCGGUGGGCAGAGAGCCAACUGGAUGACCUGGACAUCGAGAUUGCGCUCCAACAUUUUGAAGAAGCUGUCGUAAAGGUGGAUCGAUUGAAAGCACUCGCAAAGAACAUUAGAGGCAACGAGAUGGCCAAGGCUAUUGUGACAUUCAAAGUCAACGAGCGUGCCGCUAAGCUGGCAAAUGUUCUCAUCAAGCAUAUGGUAGAGCACAACAAUUGGUUCACCUCUGUUAAGCAGCACGUGAGCUGGGUCGUUCAAUUAGGCUUUGAAGACAGGGCACGAGAAGCCUACCUCGAAGCUCGCGGUAAUCUGAUUAAAACCCGCUCACGGCAGUGCAUAUUUGAAGGCAACCUUCCCUCCUACAUUUUCCAAAUUUCGUACAUUUACUUCACUGUCAUCAAGAACACGGUCGACAUGUUUCAAAAGUGCUUCCCGCAACAGCUUAUGUCCGCUUGCGUCAAGUGGGCGAAGGAGCAUAUCGACCAAUUCAAUGUUUUGCUGAAGAGGCAAUUGAGCAGUGUGGAUGAAGGGGGAAACGUAUGGAAUGAAUGUUUGAAGUUGGCGCAUGAGCAUGCGGUGGUGCUUAAGGAGGUUGGGCUAGAUUUUACGGAGUUGGUGGGCAGUGGGUUAACGGACGUGGUGAGGCAGACGCCUGUUGGGUUAGGUGUGACAACUUGA